GCCCUAAACAUGUACUGAGCUUUGCAAAACAGAUACAGAAUUGAAAAAAAAUCUCUGGGUGGUUAUCAGUUUCUGCGUCAAUCAAUUUUUGUAUUAUUCGUCCAAUGUCCAAGAUUUUUUUCAGAAAUCUACUUUAAAUAGGUUAAAAGAUGUCUCGUCUGAAAAACUUUUUUAAGCGAGGAAAUAACAAUCAAAGUGACUCAGGACCUUCUGAUAUUAGUGGUCCAGUGAGUGUUUCUCAUAAUGUUCAUGUUGCCCUCAACCAUCAAACAGGUGCUAUUGAAGGACUCCCUGAAGCCUGGCUAAAGUUGGUUAAUAAAGAAUUGACUCAGGGAGAAUUAAAUGAGAAUCCAGAUGCCGUCCUUCAAGCAGUUCAGUAUUUCAUGUUUUCUCAGAAACAAGGCCACAAAAAUUUACCUUUCAAGAUUUUGGCUACCAGAGAGAUAAUUGAAAAAGAAUCUAUGGAAAUUGAAAACAUGGGAUCAAGCAAAGUUGCGACUGCUAUGCUUGCUAGUGCUGCCGUGAAUCUCGGUAUGGCUUCUAUGACUUUACCUAGCAAACAGCCCCAAACACCUCCCGCUUUACCCGCCCGUUCACCUGUUGGUAUUACAACACCGACAACGUCUCCUCGGCCGUCCCUAUUCCCUACGGGCCAUGUUCCACCGCCCCUGCCUGCUGUUCCGCCUAAAGGUAGCCGUGUAUCCCUGGAAUCUACAAAUCUUGAUGACUGCGGACCUAAUUUCAACAAAACUGUCGUCGUUAAAGACGGUAAUUUAAAGGAAGCAAAGAAUGAACAAGAAGAUUUCGAUGGAGGAAGCCCACUUCUUAUUCGCAAAAAAGAAAUUAAAAUGGAUGGUAUGAUGUCUGAUGAUGAAGUUGAUUCCGCAUUAAGAAAGCUUUGCAAAUGUGGCAAUCCCUUUAUGCGUUAUGUUCGACUAAAAGAAGUUGGCGCUGGAGCGUCUGGCACGGUUUACAUUGCCAAUGAUUCAGAGUCAGAAGGGAAAAAUGAACGUGUUGCCAUCAAAGAGAUUGAUUUGUCAAAGCAACCUAAGCGCGAAAUGAUUCUGAAUGAAAUUUUCGUUAUGCGUGACAUCAUUCAUCCAAAUCUAGUCAAUUUUCUUGAUGCGUAUUACGACGAAGAUUUCCUUUAUGUGGUAAUGGAACUUCUAGAAGGAGGACCAUUAACUGAUGUCGUAACAGAAACGGUGCUCAAAGAAGGACAGAUUGCUGCUGUCUGCCGCGAAGUUCUUCUUGGAAUAACGUACUUACAUAGCAAAGGUAUUAUCCAUCGAGAUAUCAAAUCUGACAAUGUUUUGCUUGGCAUGGAUGGAACAGUUAAAGUGACAGAUUUUGGGUUUUGCGCAAAUAUCCAAGGCGAUGAGAAGCGCCAAACGAUGGUGGGAACUCCUUAUUGGAUGGCCCCAGAGGUUGUAACCAAAAAGAAGUACGGUAAGAAGAUAGAUAUAUGGUCGCUUGGUAUCAUGGCCAUCGAAAUGAUAGACGGAGAGCCACCCUACCUAAAAGAAACUCAACUGAGAGCUUUGUUCUUGAUCGCAACAAAUGGUCGACCUCAAAUUCCGUCAUGGAACAAAUUGAGUCCCGAGUUUCAAAAUUUCUUAGAGCGGUGCUUAGAAGUAGAUGCAGACAAGCGAGCUUCCAGCGAGGAAUUACUCAAGCAUCCCUUUCUCCUCCGUGCUUCUGAUUUGCGAACUCUUAAAGGAAAUAUUCAAGCUGCUCAGCAAAUCUUGAAGAAAACGAUGUGAGAGAAACUGCCUUUACCCUAGCUGUUAAAUGACAAAGUCCCUUUAAACGAAAUAGGGUAUAAACUUGCGGGACCAAAACCGAGUGCCAUACCAUUUUUAACGAAAAUGAUCCUUACAAAGAUUUUUGGGUGUUCCAUUUUGUUUUUUAACUUCGGACAAUCAUUUGACUAAAGUAUCUUAUUUGUUUUAAAUUUCAAGCUGUCGCUACCCCCCAAAACUAAGGUUUUCAUGGACCACUCUUUCUUUCCCUAGUCUUGUUCAUCAAGCCUUAACUUUCACAGUAUUUUAUGUUCCGUAAGACGGAUUGAUUGUCGCUUGGCUUUUAUCCUUAUGUGCAUUAAAUUGAUGCAAUAUACAACUGUGAACCUUC